UAUAUUUCUGGAUAGCCUGUGCUUCGUUGCUGGAGAAGGGUUGUGCGCCUGGGUAAAAUUGUGAGCACGUAUCAGGCGUUUUAUGCACAUCGUCUAUUUUCGUCGAAAAAGGACAAUUGAGUAUACACGCUGGCGUGCGAAUGAAGAAACUACUCCCGAGUUUCUUGUUAAGGUUUUGGAUGAAGAUGUACCACCGACAGGUCAUAAGAAAAUUGUAGCAGUUAAUAUCCUGCCCAUAACAAAAGGGAAGGAAAAAAUAAUAAUAGGAGGUGCCGCACUGCCGCCAUCCACGACACCUGUGAACAAUCAGGACCCCUUUCGAGAGUACACCAGAUUUGUGCCUCCAACUACAGUGCCUGCAUCCAGCACUGUUGAAAUGAUCUUUGCACCAGCUCGGAAAACUGGAAAACGACCUCUGGGCAAGCAGAAAGAACGACAUCCGCAACGCGAUGAGAGUCCACCAGCGAAUCCCCAAUUCCUGACCCGUACUCCAGCGCUUCGUCAAUACGCACCAAUUGCGGCUGUUGCUUUUACGAAGCGGGCCUCACUGUCGCCGAUUUCACCUCCAUAUAACUUAGAUGAAGAUCAUGCACAUACACCAAGUAAUUCGAUUCCCACUCGAACAUCUCCAAUGCCAGACAUUUCAUUACCCACUAGAACAGAAUCAUAUUCUGAAGAAUAUAGUCCUUAUCAAAUAUUUGAAGACAAUGAUAGAACAAACUUAAUUUUUAUGACUCGAACUACAUUUGUUGCCUCUUAUAGUCCUGUUCGAUCUACAUUGGAUAAAUCAUUGACAGAUGAUGAAUCAUUAAUUCCUAUUCCUAGGAUAUACCAUACUGAUAUAAGAAGAUUUGAGCCUAAAAUAAAACAGAACAAAGAAUCCGACGCAUCCUACAAUAUGAUGUUUUAUGAUGAUGAAACAGAUAUAAAAAGUCAUAAAGGUGACGAUAAAACAGAUACCUAUGAUGAGAAAAGUAAAGAGGAUGAAAGCUCGAAAUCAGUUGUAUAUGAUGACCAGAAAGAACAGAGUGGCAACGAUUUGAGAGAGGCGGCAGCAAUAAAGGGCAUUCAAGAGGAUAUUGAAAUACAUGAUACAUCUAAUAUAAGUCAUUUUAUUGAGACAUCUUCCGUAGCAAAUAAAGAUAACGUUACGGAUAAUAAUACGACAUUAGUUGAAACAAAACCAGCAUCGAUAAUGCCUUUGACAGAUAGAUUUAAAUUGAAACAUCGACAAUGCAACUUGACUAAGAUUAGGACCCUAGCUUUUAAUUCGCCGCGUACCUUGUAUGAGAUUGUGGCACAAUUAAAACAAUGGGCAGAUAAUAGCCCGGUCGCUAAAUGGGUUGAUAUAACACAUGGAAACUAUACUACGUUAGAUAAUCCUAUUUACAUGAUGAUAGUUGACGACCCCACCAGCGGGCAAGUUGUUUCCGCUAAACAGACAGUUAUGAUAGUUGCAGGAAUACAGGGGCGCGAUCACCACGCGGUGGCAGCCGCAAUGUACAUUUUGUACCAACUAAUAGAACGCACAUCGCAUCAUUCCGAUUUACUUUCAAAAUAUCGCUUCUGGAUAAUACCUGUAUUUAACCCCGACGGAUAUGACUAUUCUAUUACUUUUCCUCAGCGACGAGAAUGGAUGAAGAACCUACGGCAAAAUUGGGAUAUAUGUAAGAACCGUUUGUCUUGCAAGUCCUGCGAAAACUUUGGCUUGCGAUGUACUGUGCAAUCUUGCUACGGGGUUAAUUUGGAUCGCAAUUUUGAAUACCAGUGGAUACCAACAGAGGACCUCCGCGCGGAGCACCCUUGCGGCGGACUCUACGCUGGCACGCGGCAACUGAGCGAGCCCGAGACACAGGCGCUCACGCAGUACCUCCACGACCAGAAGGUUCCUCUGUUCACCUUCAUCGCUUUGAAGGAGGGAGACGUACUGGGGGUCUUAUACCCUUACUCGCACACUAAAAAAAGGCGGGCGCUGGAUAAUGUAUAUAGACAAAGGGCCACCAGUGCGGCCGCCGCAGCUAGCAGCAUUCACGGACGACACUACGUGGCUGGCCAGACUUCUGAAUAUCUACCUCUGUACGCGGGCGGUAUCGAAGACUGGAUUGAUGGCCAUUUGGGCGUGGAUAACACCUAUACAAUAAUGAUGUUCCGGCCGUCUGAAUCAUAUGGAACCAAACAACUAACAGAGCGUGUGGUUCAUGAAACUUUCGCCGCCAUGGAUACGCUACUGUUUCAAAGUCUCGAGUCACGCGUUCAGCUACAAGAUAAUGUACCAGUUGUCAACCCAAAAAUACGUAAUGCAGUAACGCGAUGCAACACGGCGACGGUUCUUUUUGUACUUACACGUUUUGCAUUGAGAAUCCUCAGUUAACGGAAUAUAGGGAAAGUUAUGGCCAAUUUAAGAAUUGUAUCUUGAACAAGAAAGUUGUUUCUUGUAGAGAAUUAUUGAUAUGUUUUAGUCGGCAAGUGAUAACUAUUAAGCUCUUGGGCCACAAGAUCCCGGGUUCGAUCCCCGUUCAGAUGAGAUGUAAAUUUUGAUUUCGAUAUUGUAUCGUUGGAAAGUAUUUAAUUGCACAAGCUUCUCUUAAAAAUAAUGUGCCAUACUACUAAUUAAGGCCUAAAUCGAUGUACGCUUUUUUGGUGUGUUGUAAAUUGUGUCAGUCGAGUUCAAUCUAUUGUAUUUAGCAGUUUCUCCCUAAGUUACAUGUUAC